GCAUGAGCUGCCUCAUACACCACCACAACUCCAAAAAACACAAAUUAAACUCUCCUCUCUCUCUCUCUCUUUAUCUCUAUCUCUCUCUCUCUCUCUCUUCUGUUCAACUAACAAAUAAGACCUUGUGUUCUGUCACUCACCACCUUCUUUAGAGGAGAGAAAGUGAAACAUUCAAUAUGGUGAGCUUAAGAAGGCGUAGGCUAUUGGGUCUUUGUUGUGGACCAAAUGGUUAUGUCACACCACUUCCUUUUCUAACUGCUGAGGAGAUGAUCACUGGGAUUCCAAAUCCUAAUGCAAGUGUAGCUUAUACUCCUGGACAAGUUGAGAAAGUUGAUGAGCCUAAAGAAGAGGAGAAUAUGUCUGUUGAAGAAUCGGGCCGAAGAACUCGGUCAAAUCAUAUGCAUUUCAGGUCUGAGUACUCGGAUAUAUCACCGGUUGAUUCUGAUUCCAUCUCACCAAAAUGUGAGCAGAACAUAUGCGUUACAGACCAGCCGCUGAAACGAAGAAAGCGGCAUAGAAGAAAGCAUGUUCAUAACCAAGAACCAUGUUUAAUGAGAGGAGUCUACUACAAGAACAUGAAAUGGCAAGCCGCCAUUAAAGUCGAGAAGAGACAGAUUCAUUUGGGCACUUUCUCUUCUCAAGAAGAGGCUGCCCGUUUAUACGAUAGGGCUGCUUUCAUGUGUGGAAGGGAACCAAACUUUGCGCUUUCGGAAGAUGUUAUAAGAGAACUCAAACAGCAAAGCUGGGAAGAGUUCUUGGCUUGCACACGCAGAACAAUUACUAACAAAAAACCAAAGAGAAGGUUAGAACAAGAGGAUAAGGAGAAUAACGCAAGCAUGUUGCAUUGUCCUCCUCAAGAAGAAUAACAUUGUAAACAAAGACUAUUCCUGCAGAUGAUACAACUAGACUCAAAUAUAGAGAAAAAUGUUGAAUACAAGAAGCUCAACAGAUAUUUUUGAAGUUGAUAGAAUUUUUUGUAGUUAUAUUGAUUCAGACAUUAUUGUAAGGGAUAGGAAGAAAAAGAAAAAGACUCACAGUAAGAAAAUUACAACUUGAUAUGUUACAAAGAUUUAUUAAUAUUUAUU